AUGACUGAACUUUUUGUUCAUGUUCAAGCAAGAGACCUCUACCCGCCUGAAGGCGAAGUGCGUUCCGCCGUUGUAGAAGCCAAAUCUCGACAAGAUGACGUUGAAACAACCAGUAUCGCAGAGGAGUUUCCCACCUCCCAGGUCGUCCAAAGUCUCUACAAGAAGGUAUCCGACACCAAGUCUACUAUCGCUCAGGCAAGGAAUGCCAACCGUGACAAGUCUCUCUAUCACUUUGCCAGUCGCACUUUGGCGCAGAAUUCUGACCGCCACACUGAGCUCAGGGAGAUGAUGGAUCGCGUCAAAGCUGGCGAGAAUCUUCUGGAAGGAGAAUUUGCAUCUCUCAAACAUCUCAUCAAGGAACUUUACCGUGACACACUUCAAGAUUUCUCUGGUGUCGUAGCAUCCACUCCUGUUGGAAUCACCCUGCUGCUUAUCCGUCAAUCGUUUCGGCCUGACCUUGUCAUCGUUGACGAGGCCGUGACUAUGGACGAGAUGUCGCUGUUAGUCCCCAUUGCCCAUUUUUCACCCAAGGCAUGGGUCAUCGUCGGUGACAUAGCCCAGAAACCACCACACAUGACUAUGGAGCACGAUCUUGGUCCAGGCAAAACAACGCCAACCCCAUCUACUUUGCAGAAGCAGACUUCGCUUCUUCAUCGCGUCGUCGAAGGUGGUGCACGACAUUCGACCUUGUCGAUGAACAUGCGUGCCCACAGUGACGUUGGAAAGCCUGCCAACAACCUCUACUACAACAACAUCAUGUUAUGGCGACACAAGUAG